AUGGUCGGGAGGCUCGCAACCGGAGAUUUGUAUGAGGAAAUGUUGCUUCUUAGACACAAACUAACGCUUUCUCCCACCCUCCAAUGCAGUGCGAAUUUUGCAACCUCUUACUGUCCCCCUUCUUCUCAAACAAAUAUUUCUCACCGAUUCGACAUCAGCAAGAUGGCUUAUCCAAGAUACGCACUUGUAGCAUCAGCAGAGGAGAGUAUCCCAUUGGGGAGGCUUGAUUCUUCAAGCGAUGACUCGAAAGACAUCAAGAGAGCCCUUCAAAGGCUUAGAUACCGGAGGAUGUAUGCCGUCUCAUCAGGGCUGAUUCUCUCAAUGUUUUUGAACAUGAAUCUUCUACUUUCACUCGCAGCCCACGAUGGAUUCAGUCAUGCGCCUUACUCACCUGCUUCAACUAUAUUACGUAACAAUAAAGUCGUUUUUUCGAGUGGAUUUGGAAUAGAGCAGUCUCCAUUUCAAGGUCAGCCAAAUGAGCUUAACAACAAGCUAUGGGAAAGCCUCUACAAUUUUGGAAUCACAAGGAUAAGCACUGAAGAAGCCCGUCCAAUGCCAAACAAAACUUUGCCAAUUCCAGGAGACAAAGGAGGCUAUGUUGUGCAGCUCUCUGUUUUUCAUCUCUUACACUGUCUGAACCUCGUAAGACGCGGCUUGUACGGAGAAGUUGACAUGUCUAACAAUGACGACUCAUUGGGGAUAGAGCAUCUUGAUCAUUGCGUCGACCAUAUCAGGCAAAGCAUUAUGUGCUCUAGUGAUGUUGCCCCAUUGACGUUCGCUCGUCGAUCUAUGGACGAGAAACCGAAAGCUGUAGCCGAGGUUCUUCAUGGCUGCCGUGACUUCUCCGCCGUACAGAGGUGGGCGCUGCAGAGACAGAUCUCUUUGGAAGUGGAUUUUGAUACUGUUGUGACAGAUGAUCCACUCGGUUGGGGCUCAUAUCAAUACUCGCCUGGGGCAUGA